CGUUUUAUAGUGUUUAAAUCCGUGGUUAGGCAGAUAUCUGCAAUAAAAAAAUAAAGACCUAACGACUAAAAGCCACGAGUUGCAAUUGAUUUAAUAAUAGUAAUGAAUGCUGGCAUCAUAAUUUAAAAGAAACCAACGUAGUGAAAAUAUGUUUCACAUAAACAAAAAGAAAAUACUAGUUGUUUCUGCUGCGAUAGCCGUAAUAUUAUUCUUUCUACAUCCAAGCAAUUCAUCGAAGGAGGAGUAUGAUUAUAUAAUGAAGGAAAAUAUUAUGAAUAGUUUGCAUGAAAAACUAACUGUUAACUUUACGAGUGCUGCUAUUGUAGACUGUGAUUAUUACGACAUUCUUCAUGAUGAUACAGCACUGCCAGUGACCCUUGUCGAUGGUGAUUUAGAGGAGGGUCAUAAAAUCAGAGAAGGUGGAGAAUUCAUUCCAGAAUGCAAACCAAAGUUUAGUGUAGCCAUUAUUGUUCCUUACAGGGAUAGAGCAGAGCAGUUAAGAGGGUUCUUAGUUUACAUGCAUACUUAUUUACAUAAACAACAAUUACAUUAUCGCAUUUAUGUUAUUGAGCAAGUUGAUACACAUCCAUUUAAUAGAGCAAAGCUCUUAAACAUUGGUGCUGUUGCUGCAAUUAAAGCAGGAUAUCCUUGUCUAAUUCUUCAUGAUGUAGAUCUCCUGCCAAUAAAGAUAGCUAAUAUAUAUGCAUGUGUGAAAACACCACGGCACAUGUCUUCAAAUAUUGAUAGGCCAAGGUUUUCACUGGCUUCUCCAAAUGUCUUUGGUGGUGCCAUAGCAAUACAAUCUAAGCAAUAUGAAAAAAUAAAUGGCAUGAGCAAUGCCUACUAUGGCCUAAGUGGUGAUAAUUCUGAUCUGUUUUCAAGGGUUAAGGCCAAUCAUUUAAAAUUGUGUAGAUUUGAGUCAUCAAUAAGCCAAUAUCAUAUGACUGCACAUGACUCUCAUAUUCAAAUUGAAAUAAGGAAAAGCAGUCCAGAGUUUUCAGAGGAGAGGAUGGUAAAAGACGGUCUGAAUUCAUUGAAGUUUACAGAAGUAGCAACUGUACUCCAUCCAUUAUUUACGCAUAUCAUGGUGGACUUGUAAUUAGAAUAACUGCUUUAGGUUCCUGUUUUCCAGUCAGUAGUGAUAUUAUGUUAAAAUGAAUGAACAGCCUUAUCGUGGCUUAAUAGUAGUAAGUAUAAACUAGUCAAUUUUGUAAUGAAUUAUAAAUUAUCAUAUCAAUUAACACAGAGUUCCUAGAAUACUCCAGCAUUAAUCGAAAGGAUUAUGCAUGUUUUAGUAGUAGUUUAAUGUUAUAUUAUGAAUUUGUUUUAGAAAAUAAAGACUAAAAUUGUGUUCGGAAUUAUUUUGUUAGUUCUGUUUUGCCGUCCAAAAUACAAUUAAUUAUUUAAUGACAAUAAAUUACAUUAAAUAUAGGUAAUGUAGGCAGUGUAAUAUGUCCAAAUAUUAUUGAAUUAGAAAAUAACACCUUUAGCUUUAAUUCAUAUAUUUGGUAUUUAUUAUACAUGGUCCCAAGAAAUAAUAAAUUGUAGUGACUUUUUGUAUUAGAAUUAAUAUUACAUUCAUUUCC